UGGUGCUGCCUAACGGAGAGCUGAUGGAGCCAGAUGAGAAAGGCAGGAGGCGAGCCCCUCCGGUUGCGCGUCAGCAUCCCCUCAAAUAGGAAUCCGCUGGUGUCACUUCUGCUCCACAUACAGAGAGACGGACGACUGAAACCCUGAAACAUCAAUUAAAGGCGAAUUUCAUCCGACAUGCAGCUGUUUUCUUUUUGUCUUGUUUUUUCCUCCAUGUGAUGUCAAAGAAGAAGAGUAAGGUGAGGCUGUGAGGAGGCUGGAGCUUUUGGCAAAGAAUGAUAGUGUGGAUGAAGGCGCGCUGUCCCAGGAGAACUCAUCUGAAGAGCUGGCCCUGAGAGACCGAGAUGCUCCUCUAACGCACCGGGGGGCGAGUUUUCCUGAGCAGACGGUCUGUGUGCCAGAGUGUGAGCUCGAGUGGAAGUGAGUGAAGAAGCGAGAGGGACUGGGUGUCAUGGAAAGCCACGGGGCAAAUGUCGAUGACCCACCCUACCAAAACUUGCUGCUCUUGGGAGCCAUCGCAGCAGCAUCUGCCUUUGUGGUCACCAUCCUCAUUGUCCUUGUAUGCGUUGGCUGCCAAAGAAAAAGCAAGAGCAAGCACCCCCCAGCUGGAGAGAAAGGGACAUCUGUAAAUAUGCAGGGCACCCUACGACAUCCAAAACUGAACUCCAUGAGCAAAUCUGACACCAGGCUACAUGAGAUCAACCGCUUUCCCUGCAAUGGAAACUCUGUUAGUAAGAGCCGUCCAGCCAGUAUGGACCUCCUGCUCCUCCACAGUCGGCGCUCCCAGACAGACCUGAGACCCUCUCAUGGGCGCCAGCUUCCUCAGAUCCCUACCAGUCCCCAAGGAUCUGGUCAGGGGGGAGGAGGUGAAGCAGGAGGAGAAGGGGGAGGAGGAGGUGGAGGAGGAGAGGCUAGAGACCACACCUACACUGAGGUGGGUAUACGGAACAACCCCACCCCAACCCAUUGCCUGGAUGACGGCCUCUAUGAAAGCGUAGGCGUCCGGGAAGGUGACACAGGCCCCAAGGUACCUUCUGCCUCACCAUCCAUGUCAACGAACACGCCGGCUAUGACUAGAGCUGCCCAAAGCCCUUCAGCUCAGGCCAAUGGAGCCCGCAGUGGGAAUGGAAAUGUUGCUAGAGGGAAUGGAAGAGGGAAUGGCGCCAUUAACGGACCAAUGACAGGAAGAGGUAAUGCGAGUGCAAGUGGGGUCAACAGGUCCCAUCUGUCUUCUGUCAACUCUCUGGCCAUCCAAGAUCCAACUGUGGCUGAGUAUGCUUCAAUACGGAAGUUCAGAAAGGUUGAGAAGACAAACAGGAAGGAGAGUAACGGGGCCGACAGCCAGUCAGACAGUCAGUCGAGUGUGAGCGAUUCACCCUCAGCGGCUCCUCCUCCUCUACAUCGUAGCCAGGAGUUUCCACGCAAACCGCUGGAGCCGUUUCACCUGCACUCCUUCCCGAAGGAGGCAGUGUUCAUUGGCAACGGGGAGCAGUACAUCUGGAAGCCUCCAGAGGAAGAUGACAUCAUCACCUUGCACCCACCUCCACCCCGCGCAGAGAACGUACAGGGGCACCCAUCACCCCCAACUGUAAAAGAGAUUGCAGACACCUACUCCAUCGUGUGUAAAACCCAGAAGAAGAAACCUCCUAUGGAAAACAACGGAUCAAAAACCCUCCCACGCUCCUUUGGUGGAGACAGAAACGCAAGUUCCAGAGGCCGAGGCCGAGGAGUCCAGGGCCAGGCGCGUUCCCAGGAGGAGCCCUGCUAUGAGCCGGUAGGAGACAGGUCCUGGUCGACAUUUGCAAUGGCCGAAUCUGACCCUGCAUACGCUACUAUCGACACCCACCGGAAACGUGAGCAGGCAGGAACCAAUAACAGCACAGCGGGGGGUAAUGCCACUCUAAAGAAGAAGAAGCAGACGCCGCAGCAGCAGGCAGCACCAGCGGCACCUCAGAGCUCAGGACCCACUGCCCUCCCUGUUAGAGGCCUGCCGGGUGGGGAAAACUUCUAUGAGACCAUCAGCGAUGUGAAACAAGGAGCCAACAGCUCCAGCACCACCACCAUCUUCACCUUCAAUGAUGGGAUGGAGAUGUACGUCACUGGCCUGUAGCUGGCUGACAGGCAGAAAGGGCCCAGAACCCACUGGUGCAGAGUCAUAAAAGGGACCCUCCUGUUCACCAGCCAACAGGUUGCUGUACAUAGUUACAAGGCCCUCUAUAGACAAACAACAUGAGGAUCCAUUUUGUGAUGACAUCAGGUACAAACAGGGUCUUAAUCCAGGUUCAGACUUCCUUUGAUUGGUCUGUACUUCAGAACCAGCCUAAGCCUAGUCCAGCCCAAAUGUGGACCAAAUCUGUUUUGACAACAACAAAAAAUAAAUAAGAAAACUAAACUGGAAUAUACAUUUUCAACCUACUGUGUCACUGACAAUACUCACCUGUUUGUGCAUCAUUUUCCAUAAUAUCUUUAUUUUUAUAUGAACACUGUACUCUUUAAAGAGUAUGUGGUGUAACUCACAAACUUUAAUAUAUAUAUAUAUAUAUAUAUAUAUAUAUAUAGAUAUAUAUAUAUAUAUAUAUAUAUAUAUAUAUAUAUAUAUAUAUAUAUAUAAAUAAAUGUGCAUGCAUUGUGCAAACACACAUCUGAAAAUAAACAGUAGUAGCAAGAAAACUGGGUAUAUUGGGAGUAUGAGGCACACUGUUAGCUAUAGUCAUCCUUAUACACACACACAUACACACACACGUAUGCCUCAUCUUGGGGGGACUUAUGUAAUAUAAGCAAAUGGAUGUCACAGAGAUUUGUGGUGCUUAGCUCUCCCUAAGCAAACAUCUGAAACAGGUUCUCUGUGUGCACUGGAUGGUUGCCUGACAGACAACAUUGGUGCUUUGUUCAAACAAAGGCCGAGAAUUUGUUGCCCUGCAUAAACACAGUGGUAAUUAAAGGCUGUUGUCCCCAUUUGAAUAACAGCCCGUGUGAUAACUAUAAAAAGUGACUUUUGAUCAAUAAUGUAACCUUCACAUAAAACCUAAGAUUAUUUAACAGUCCACGCUUAGAUUCACCAAACAUCUGUAGCCAGAGGCAUGAAAACACACCCCAACACUCCCUCUUACACACAGAUACACACAUAUUUGGCACGGUUAUGCAGGAUAAGUGAUCAACUCAAGACUUAAGAAUCUCCCCAGAGUGAUAUGGGUGGCAGAUUUCACAAUGCAAGACCUUUACUGUAUUACUAUAAAUAAAUACGAUAAAGGAGAAGAAUUUUUUCAAAAAUAAGGAAGUGAAAGAGUGUCCAAAAUAAUACAGGAUGCCUUAUCCUGUGCAGUUAAUAUGUCAUGUCCCUUGAGCACUGUGUAAAUGUCUGAUUUUAUGACCAUUGUAAUCUGGCACUGGACAGCUGCAAGACUGGUUGGUUUAAUUGUGCAUUAACGUGCUUAAAGGGCAUUUAAGGGCAAUUAAAGGGCAUCUCUGAGGGCAGUUCUGAUUCACUCUCUGGUCUCAAGUCAAAGCCAGAGCUCCCUAUAGCUCAACAGACAUAAGUCUGGUGGUUGAAAUAGCAACACAGGGCUUGGACUCCAAGGAAAAUAAAGAGUUGGGCAUAAAAAUUACAUUGACUGUCCUUUGGAAGCUUGCCCCAUGUUUCCCCUUUCCCCAUCCUGGUCUCCAGCCUCUGCACCAUGUUCUCUUCCAUUACAAACAAUGUCUUUCCCAUGUAGCGUUGGGGAACAUUAAAAAAUAAAUAGGAGAGGAAGAAAACAAAACAUUAGAGGCUUAAUAUAUGGGCAUAUUAUAUGGGAUAAGAGAUGACGAGGGAUUUAAACUACUCACAGGCUGGGAUAUGAAAGGUGUAUUAGAAUGAUCUCACUGUGAGACAACCAUGCACAGAGAAGACGGGUUUAGAAAGGUUAGUAACAUAAAUCUAUAAAUGCUACUGUGUCAGAAAGUAUGUAAAAAACAAAUGCACUCUGUAUUUUAAUGCACUGUUUAUUUUUUCUUACCUACUGGUUGAAUAGCUCAUGCCACUGCCAUGGAAACAAUAUGUUUAUGUUGUUGGUGCAAUUUUUUCCUGCUUAAUCAAAAAGUGCAUGCUUUGUUAUAUGGACAUGAAAACAAAUAUUGUGGUACUUAAUUGAUCUCGUUUCUUAAUCUUUUUUGUUGUACUUUUUUUUUCAUGUGAUGCAAAGCAUCAUUCAGGUUUUUUUUUUCCAAAGUAACAACUUGGAGGGAAGGAGGAGGAGGAGGAGGAGGGAAGGGAAAUAGAAAGAUAGAGAGAAGUCACUGUGAGUUCAAGGCAGAGUGUUGUUUAUCCUCCACUCUGGGGGAGAAAGAAAGAGCGAUAGAGAUGUAGAGGGAGAAGAGGAACAGCUAGUAUAUAAAGCUGGAUGAGGAUCACUGCAAAUGGACACAGACCCAAAGGACCCUCCUCCUCCUGAUUUGUGUUUUUGUGUGUGUGCAUGCUUACUUGCACGCACACGCUGAGCAACACUGAGUCAUGUGCAUUUAGGGGAUGAAGCGCACUUUGCUUCCACUUGGUCAGCCCUUGCAUAUACUCCCUCCCCCAGCUGUGUUCAUAAUAACCGACACAGACCUCUUCUUUUCUCUGCCCCCUCCCUCACUGUGCAGGGGAGGGGCCUUUGAUGUCCAGUUCUGAGGGACUCAGGGAGUGAUAUGAGGGUUGGGAGGGGGGGGGGCGGGGGCGUGGGGUCAGGCCAACCCCAACCUGAUAUCUACAAUGCACCAACGGCUCAUCUACUGCCUGAUAUGAGAAAUGGCUAACAGCUGAGACGCUUAACAAGCUCUGUCAAGGCUUCCCUUAGACAAUACUGGCUGGAAAUCUCCAUCACACUUAAUCCUUUUUCUCUGGCUGUCACUUUAUGUGUCACAUUUUCUUUAUCCCGAGAGAAAGCACUGAUCUGACAUAUUUUGUCGAACACUGCUAUACACUGAUCGAGACAGAUGUUCAUUGCACAAACAAAUACAGUAUGAUGAUGUAAAUGUGUAAAAUACUCUGUUGCUGUUCUGAUGUUGUUCCAAUGUAACAUACAGUAUACAGUAUAUUUGUUGAAAACAAAAAAGAAAAAGAAAAAAGAUGGUUAUCACAGACACAUUGUACUUUGUGGAUGCAAAAUGUUUCAUGCUUUCCAUGCAGAUACAGAUGUUGUUUGUUAAUUGUCUUCAGAUAUAAUUAUGGGCCAAUACUGCUGUGACAGCUGUAGCCAAUGUUGUAUGUUCUUAAAGCACAGGGUUUAGUUUAAAAAAUAAUAAAUAUAAUAAAAUAUAGUGUGACAGUGCAGAUAUGCAAAAGAUUGUAAUGUUUUAUAUUAACCUUCAUAAAAUAUUAAAGUGAGUUUUUACUUUUCUAAUAAAGUGGCACAUUAUAACGUG